GGACCCACCCGAAUCCACCUUGGCGAAACGGACACGGUGGAGCCCUCUGGCUCUGGAACAGCCACUGGAACAGGGCCGAUGGAUGUACUGGGGGAGAAUGAGGCUCUGCAGCAAUUUUUUGAUGGCCAGGAUGUCACAGGGAUACUGGAGCCAGAGGGGGUGGACACCAGCAUGCUGGAGCAGUACCUCAGCAAUGACAUGGACCCCAGCACCUUCAUGUUACCAGAGUCGCCCCCAGAUUCUGGAUCAGAACCUUGUUCCCCUCCUCAAGUUCCAGAUGACUCCACUAUGCAGGCAGAUCAGGUGCCAUUUUCCCCUGCAGUGCCCCCUACAGUCCCAUCCUGCCGGUUUAAAGAGAGGUCCCUGGGACCCCCGGCCUGCCCACCCCAGCACCUCAGUUACACGGUCAACAGCUCCAUCAAGACUACUGCACCCACGGCACCCUCCUGCCUUCAGCAAGGUUUGCCAGGAUACCCAGACCCGAGAUACCCUUACCUGCCUCCCACACCCAGCCAGCAGACAGGGUCUGUGUUAUCUAACACCAAGAAGAGGCGCCGGUCUGAAUCUUUUGAGGGGGCCCCAGACCCCUGUCUGUGGGGCAACCCAGCCCAGACAAGGUGUUCAUUAGUAAGAGUGGGACCGGAGUGUGGCGGUGGGGGUGGCAUGGGCGACGCCCUCAAUUAUGACAGUGACGGGCAGAAUGGGAAUUCCGGACAAGGGGCCUGUCAGAUGUUGGCGUGGGACCGUUACCAGCCUGGCCAGUGGAGCCCACUAUACAACAGCAGCUAUGAAACCCUUCCAGCUCCCGGUUACCACGUCGACACAGACAAGGGCUUCAACUACUCCACCACUGAUGAGACCUUUGUGUGUCAGAAAAAGAACCACUUCCAGGUCACAGUUCACAUAGGGAUGGCGGGAAACCCCAGAUAUGUCAAAACACCAUCAGGGCCCAAACCCAUUGAGAGCUUUCACCUGAAAGUCUUUGGCGUCAAGCUUGAGGCCCAGACCCAUCUGAUCACAAUAGAGCAGUCCCAGUCUGACCGUAGCAAGAAGCCUUUUCUGCCUGUGAAGGUUAGUCUUCCCGGGGAUAAGACUACCAAGGUGACGAUAGGACGACUGCACUUCAGUGAGACCACAGCCAACAACAUGAGGAAGAAAGGCAAGCCCAACCCAGACCAGAGGUACUUCAUGCUGGUGGUGGGGCUCUAUGCCUCUGUGAAGGAAGACUGUUUCCUGCUGGUGGCACAUGUGUCUGAGAGGAUCAUUGUCAGGGCAUCGAACCCGGGCCAGUUUGAGAACGACAGCGAGGUGUUGUGGCAGCGGGGACAGGCUGGUGACACGGCGGUGUGCCACGGGAGAGUGGGCAUCAACACAGACGCCCCCGAUGAGGCCUUGGUGGUCUGUGGCAACGCCAAGGUCAUGGGCACGGUCAUGCACCCAUCUGACAUGCGGGCAAAGCAGAACAUCCAGGAGGUGGACUCAACAGAGCAGCUGAAAAGAAUAGCACAGAUGAGGAUCGUGGAGUACGACUACAAGCCUGAGUUUGCUGAGAAAAUGGGGAUCGAUCAGGUCCACGAAACAGGGGUCAUCGCCCAGGAGGUAAAGGAGCUGCUGCCUUCCGCUGUGAAGGAGGUGGGAGACGUCACCUGCGCAGACGGAGAGAAAAUCAAGAACUUCCUCAUGGUGGACAAAGACCAGAUCUUCAUGGAGAAUGUGGGGGCAGUUAAACAGCUUUGCAAGCUGACAGACAACCUGGAGACCCGCAUCCAGGAGCUGGAGGGGUGGAACACCCGGCUAGCCAAGCUCAAGAGCACAGGCAGCCUGCGCUCCAACCACAUCGCCAGCAUGCACAGGAAAGGCAAGAAAAAUGACACCGGCCCACCCCCUCAGAAGCCAGCCCCAAACCAGCCCCCCAGAGGAUACUUAUGCCAGAAGUACAGUCACUGCUUAGGUCAUAAAGUAUUCAAGGCCAGCAUCAUCAUGCUCGUGGCAACGAUGGGCAUCUGUGUCAUCUCCAUCACUGCCCUCUACAUGCUCACCCUGAAGGAGGACCUGGAGACCUCAGAUGGGAACAGCUCGCAUGUGCUCCCCCUCAAGACCACCACAGCUCAGCCCACCCUCUCAACCCCCACAGUGGCCCCCUCCUCGACCCCGGAGCCCUGGCCCCCUGAUGUAGAUUUCUGUAACCUCCUGUACUGUGAGGAGGUGUACUGCUGUCCGUCUGACCCUGGCAACCACAGCGACCUCCCGACCAUGGCAACUCCCUCCUUCCCCACUGACCAUCCGCAUGCAGCUGACAAGAUAGAAAAGCUGUAUGAAAAACUCAAAAGUGCCAAAGACUGGACAAAUACAACUGUCCAAUCCAUUUUCAUUAAGGAGAAUCAGCAGAUCAUUGACCAGCGGUACUGUGUGCAGGGGAAUUGUGGGCCUGGAAACUACAGCUACACCAUCCCCGUCAGCAAGUUUGUGCCCGUCAACAUGAGGGUGACCGUCCAGAUGAACACCACAGAGCUGCUGGUGAUUCUUCAGUGCCAUGCUGAGGAGGCCUUCGUCUGCUCUGCCCUGAUGGACUACACCAGUGAAGAUGUGCAUGCCUUGAGCAACACACAGGGUUAUAUCCACGAGUGGCCCCUCCCUGUCGCCCGACUGUACCGCAGCACCUACCAUUUCCGCUCUGCUGUGGCGGGGCAGGCUGACUGCAGCACCGACCCCAACUACGCAGGGGUGCUAUUCACAGAGUACCACUUCCACUUCUACCGCAGGUGUAACUAA